AUGUCAAGUUGCAAGGAAAUUUAUGAUAAGACUUUGUGAGUACAGCAUACGUGCUUACUAUGGUGUUAGCAACAUUUUUUACUCAGUAAUUUUUUCGUCUCGAUAUAACACACAACGUUUAUGAAUCAAAGAAAGACUAUCGUCAACUCGUGGGUACGUUGUUUAGAAAAUAAUCAAUUAGUUAUCACCUCUGGUUUUCCCACAGUGAAUUUUAGGAAAGGAUAGAAAUUCAUAUUAUAAAUAUACUAUCCUUGUUCUGGAAACACAAUACUUUUCUUGCUGUUUAUUGCACUUUAGUAACAGUUAUUUAAGUAUAUAUUUAAAAACAAAACAAAAAAACAGCAAAACAAAUAAGCAAACAAGACAAAACAAAAAAGAAAAAAAAAGGAAGAAGGGAAAAAGAAGGUCCUAAGCAAGAUUUCAACCCGGUGCCUUCGGUUUGACGCGACCUCACAUGGCCACUACGCCAUUGAGGAUGGUCACGUGUUUUUGCGAAAAGUCUCAAAUUUAAUGCCUUUUCCAUGGAACUUCCGCCGACAAACGACCGGGGCAAACGAUCGAGCCAUAAAAACGACUCGAAGCAAUGGGAUGAAAUUAAGGCUAAUUGAAACCAGGCUACUGACAGUAAAAAACAAUGUAAACGCAUUUCAUGGCAAUGAAAGAACAUAUGCUAUACAAAGCCGACACAACUCCUCCGCGAAGGAGGACGCAAAACAUUAGCCUAUGUUUUCUUAUCUCGAUUUCCGCUGUUAUUUUAAAAAGGUAAUGCUCAAACUCCCAUCCAUUUCCCCCCGUGAUCUUGGGGAGUCCUUAAGAAGAAGAAGAAGACGUACCUUUAUUUACCAUACAUUUCACCAGUCCGUAUUUUAUAGUCCGUAUUUUAUACCCAGUCCGCAGUCCGUAGUCCACAGUCCGUGUUUUAUACUGACCGCCAUAAAUUCAUUCAUACACAUAACCUACUACAGUACUACAAGGUAGGAGAUCAAGCCAGCGUCGAAGUUUGAAGGAGUCGAAGAGCAAAUGCUCAUCUUCUUGUCAAGUUUAACGCCUGGACGGGUCAAAGGCUUUUGAAUCGUACUAAUUUGAAAGAUUCAUGCCUGUCUUAAAUUUGGUAAGACCUCUAUCCUGACCGUUCGAUAACCGUGCUGUAGCGCACGAUGCAUGCUCGCAGCGAGGAAUUUGAUGCUACCGAACUUCGGCGAGCGCGUGCUUCUUUGGAAACGAUAGAUCUUCGCGCUCUCGAGUUCGGACCCGAUUAAUUACGAAGUGCGUCUACUACGAGUGAGUGAGUGACUCAUUUGCAUAUCUCAGUCCCUGCAAUAACUCGUGGUACGCUCGCGCGUACCCACGAGUUAAAAAUUAAAGAUUGGAAUAACUUACUGAUAAAUCUGAGAAAGGUCCAAGUGUCAGAAUUGUUAAAAAGGAAUACGAAGAGCGUUAAUUUGCUAAUUAAAAGAAUUUCAUAAUUCUAAUUAAAUAGACUUUGAACUUGUGAGUAAUCAAGGCAUUUGAGUGAUGAAAUAUGUUGUAUACUUCAUUUUUACCGUGCACAUUUCUUUGGGCCUGUUUACAUGGAGUGGGGGACCCCUGUCUAGUGGGGUUGGUUUCUUUUGUUUUCACGCUCUAGGGGACACAAAACAAAAGAAACUUAACUUACAUGUAAACAGGGUCUUAAUCAUAUAAAUUAUUAUAUGUUAAUCAGUGUUAUUCUAAGCUGUUUAAAAUUUUAGGGCCACAAAGUUCAUCCGUUUGACACUCUUGCUGUCAAUUGUUACCUUCUUUCGUAAAUCCAGUUGUCAUCAUCAUGAUCUUACUGUGCAAUAAACAAUCAAGAAGGCAACACUAUUCAGGCUGUGUUACAUUUCGCCAUGUCACCUAGUGCCAUAAAAUGGAACUGUAGGAGCAAUGGUUUCCAAAUUUUUUUGUAGAUAUAUAUUAUUUAAGUGUUGGGCCACAAGUUCAAAUUUCCAUCACUUCGGCUAGCGUUAUGUUUGUAGCUGUCUGUCUAUUAGUUUUCAAUAAAGUGUUUCUAUUUUUAAGGUUGACAUACCUCUACGACAAAUUUUGUUGUCUCAUCAUCGCACCCUAAAGAAAGGGUUUGCCCGAAUUCAUGGUAUUGGUAGCUUUCUACCUUUCUACACACCUGGUCUAUAUAUCAACAUAGGAUGAUGAAUGCGCGUACAAAAGCAAUGAUGUAAUGAUGUACACCUACAAGCAUUAAUUGAAAAGAGCCUGCAACUAAAAAUCAUCUAAUAUAAACUGACCCUGAGCAUGAUAUCGACAUUCGAUUAGCCUGCGUAGCAUGGCGGUUUUGGUUGGGCGCGCUAAGUAAUAAAGGCGGGCGAGGGCAGAGAAACCGCGAGGAGAUUGGGGCGGAAGCAACUUGGUUUUUAUUUUUCUCGCGGCUUCGCCGCUCGUUCUCGCGUGCUUCGCGCGCGAAUUUCGCGGCUACGCCGCUCCUGCGCCCGGCUCGACAAAACCGCCAUGCUACGCAGGCUAACAUUCGAUGGGCUGCUGCUUACUUUAAAACAAUACACAUUCGAUGAGUAGAAAAACACCGUUGAGUGGCAGAAUUAUCAAAGUCAGGUAUAGAAAUUUAACAUUGUUUGGCAAUCACAUUAUUUCUCAAGGUACAAGAUUCCAUGGCCUCAGGAACUGCAAAAUGAUAAGCUUGUUUAAAAAGAAUGCAAAGAACUCGACGUGACAUGCCUAACCAUCUAACGCCGUGAAACCUUGGAGGACCGUUCUUUCAUUCACAGAUUUUAACCUUUUGAAGUCGCUAGCCCCAUCAGCUCGCUCUUUAAUCUAAUCUUUGGACUGUUUGCCUUGUUUACAUGUAACAUAGUUUCUUAGUAGCGAGAGGAAAAAUAACAGGCUCAGUAGAUUUUGUAUUGUGAGAAUGAAACCGACGGUAUGUCAGGUACACAACAGAGUAAAUUCGCAUUUAAUUUCACUGCACGCCUGUUAAACUUCGAUCAAUCAAUCAAUUUGUUUGCCCUUUUUAACAUAGUACAAUAAUUACACAGUCUUAUAAUUAAAAUAUACUUGGGCAGGAACUCUCACCAAACCCUGUAGGGCUAUUUGAGGAGAGCCCCUGGACACGUUUUAUACAAGUAUGAUUUAAAUUAAGAUUACAUGUCUGUGUUAUAGAUUGCAUGCAUAAAGUAUGGAGCGACUACUUACAUUUUUAUUAUAUGUUUGAUUAAAGAUCUUGAAAGAUCUUGUCUUCUUGAAAUGUUUGCCGUUAGAAUUAUGUUAUCAAAAGCUCUCAGAGCCCUUUUUAUUCACUGACACAGUAAUUUGGCUUAUAAACUCUGUACAUAAUUCGCGAUACUGGAUCGCGCACAAUUACAGCAGCCGCAAGCGAAAGAUGUACCUUAUUAUAGGAAAUUAACGCUCGAUGAAAUUAACGCGAAUCUUUAAAAUUCGCGUUAAUUUUGUUGAGCGUUAAUUUCCGCGACGUUAAUUAAGUGCAGCGUUAAUUUCCGCGUUCUUAAUUUCCAGUAUUUUAACCCCAAUUUUCGAACCUGUCCAGAUAUUCUUGACACCUAAAAAACACUAACUACAAGCUUUCUUUCCAUUUACCCUUUAUUUUUCAUCUUUUACAAAAGCUAAGGAGAAGGUUUACAAUAUUUCGAGUUCAUGUUCAUCGUUGUCGCUGUCAGCAGUGAGGUCAAUAUCUUCUCCUUUGAUUUCGGCCAAGAUAGAUUUCGAAUCGUCAAGAUAGUCUUUCUCGACAGAAUAUGACAAUCGCGUUAAUUUCCUUUAUUAUGAAAUUCUACCUCCUCCUUCGCGUUAAUUUUCUUUAUUCCAAAGUCGUUUUCCAUUAAAUUCGCGUUAAUUUCCAUACCUUAAUUUCACGGAGAGUUAAUUUCCUAUAAUAAGGUAGUCCAUGUAGAGCAUAGCAUAGUUUUAACUUUAAAAAUAACUGUGGGUCAAUGCAGUGUGCUCCUUUAUGGACGUCGUAAGAAGCUCCAAAGCAUUGUAGAAGCGAGUUAACCACUAAAAUAAGGUAACUAAAGAGCUUGAUUUUCAAUAUUUACUUAAAUACCGGUUGUCCAGAGCCGGGAACUCUGCUCUGCUCUGAUUGGAUAUCACUAUUAAAGAAGGCGUGAAAAAUAUUCCGCGAAAGCGACUUUCUAUAAGUAAAUUUUCAUGGGAAAGGGUUGACUCCAUUUCCAUUUCUCCUCGGCCUAGCACGCCUUCCUCUCGGUGGCAGUCCAGGCUUGCUCACUAUUGAGAGGCGUUAGUAUGCGGAAUUGGAACACUGGUGGAUUGAGCCUUUCCCGGCCAAAACAAGAACAGCAAAAUUCUGUUUGGCAGUUUUUAAUAUCUGGCUGAAAGUCAAAUGCAUAUCUCCGACAGGUUACAGAAACUUGACCUUCAAAGUGAUCUUGUUGCUUCAUGGGAUGGGAUGCUGAUUUUGGCAGGCGAUGUAAACAUCGAUAUGAUCAAACAAGAAACAUCUGAUGUCAAGCGGUAUAUUGAAAUGCCCUCGAAUCACUGAACCUGAAGCAAGUCGUCACCAAACAGGGGCGGAUCCAGGAUUUUUUUUUAGGAGGGGGUGCACUCCUCUCUUGCUCUACUUCAACACCAAUAAACCACAUUUUUUUUUUUGCAGAAUACCAGUUGUAUUAGAAAACCGCAGGUCAUCCCGAGGGGGGGUGCGCACCCCCUGCACCGUCCCCCUAGAUCCGCCCCUGCCAAAGCAACAAGAACUACUAAGUCCAGUCAAACGCUGGUUGAUCACGUUAUUACCAAUCUUCCUAGACGCGUUACACAUACUGAUGUUCUCCCAUGUACACUCGUUAGCGAUCACGACGCGUCAUAUGGAGCCCUGACACAACACAAAAACAAAGAUAUUAAAACUAGACAAUUAAUUAAGUUACAAAGGCAACAUGUACUGCAGGCGUUACUGUUUAAAAUAGCGCUUUGGCUUGAUUUUAAAUUCUCUGAGGGUCUCUACUUGUCUAAUGAUUCUCGGUAGGGUGUUGUAGGUCCGAGCACCGGUUAUUCUGAAGCUACCUUGGUAUUUAGUAUUUUUUGCGAAGGCGGGGCGCAGCAAAUAACGGCUUCCGGUGUUAUCGCCAUGGAAAAGGUGCGCGUGCCUAAAAUCUGCAAGUAAGUACAAAGGCGCUAUUCCGUGAAGACACUUAUGGACUAAGACGCAUUUGAGACAAUUUCUGCGUGCUUGUAGGCUGGGCCAGCCAAGUGUUGAUUUUAACUCCUCAACCCCGAUAGAUCAACCUUUAAUAAAACAGGCGGCGCGUCUGUUUAGCUUAUCUACAUAAGCUUUGCUCCCAACCCCACAGCUGUCCCAGACAGGCGAACAGUAAUCGAACAAUGGCAAGACUAUAGUAUUGGAGAGCAUUUGACAAGUUGGCUUGGAAAGAAUCUUACGCGCUCGGCGCAGGAUAGGCUAGACGAGAUCUUAUUACUGAUAUAUUCUAUGUGGUCCUUCCAAGAUAAGGUGUUGUUUAGGACCCCAAGAUAUUUAAACUUGUUAACUAUUUCUAAACGAGUGUUACUGAUUUCUAUAACUAGAUCGUCAGCCUACGCGGUGCUCUGAUGAGUACCAACAAGCAUAAUCAAGAUUAAGUAUUAAAAAAUUAGCUUGAAGCCAGCUUAGGACAUAAGGUAGGCCACUAGUUAACUGAGCUUGAAUUUCACUGACUGACGUGCUUGCAAAAUAGAUAAGUGUAUCGUCAGCAUAAAGCUCGACGCUACAACCUUGAACUGCCAAAGGUAAGUCAUUUACUGUAGAGGAUAAAUAAUAAAGGGCCAAGUACGCUACCCUGGGGGACCCCGAAAGAUAUAGGCGGGGGCUCAGACAAGACCCCAUUAGUGCAACACUUUGGAUGCGCAUGGUUAAGUAGGACCUAAACCACUGGACAGCAGAGCGAUUCAUUCCUAGUGAAGUUAACUUGUCUAACAUGAUGCUAUGGUCUAAGGUGUCAAAGGCCUUGCUUAGGUCUAAAAAUAUAAGGCCAGUUACUAGUCCUUUGUCAAUGUUUUCCAGCAGAGUGUUUGUUACGUGUGUGAGGCACGGUCAAUGCGCUUGUCAUCCGUUUCACUCCAAGAUACAAGGUUAUUAGGUACGAAAAACAGUUCAGGGACGAUUUCACUCAACUUCAUUUGAAGUCGUUUAUGCUUUAAUUAGAGGAUCCUAACGAACAAGUAAGCGCUUUCAAUACUCUUAUUUCGGACUGUUUAGAGUGACAUGCACCCUUCAAGCGUGUGAGGGUGACAAGACCACCUGCGCUCUGGUUGAAUGAUCCGAACAUUCGAACGCUGCAGGAGGCAUGCAAGCGUUAUCGUAGGGAAGCACACACAACCCCUCACAGUGAGGCUGCGUGGGACAUCUUCAAUGACUCCCGUAACAGUCUUAAGAAACUGAUUGGGAAAGCAAAGAGAAGGUUUAUGACCAAUGCACUCUCGUAUAAGCGGCCCAACGAAGUAUGGAAGACGAUCCAUCGCAUAGUUCACCCUAGUCAGCAACCAAUAACUGUCUAUCCGGAUACUAAGCACUUUGCUUCUGCAGCUAAGCGUGUCGAUGCCUCAGUAGGAACUUUAAGAUCCAACGACGGGUACGGCAACGAGAAGGUCAAAAAAACAAUAAGUUUAAUAAGCAAAACAACAAGUUCGCACGUGCAUCACACUUUUUUUGUUCAUUUCUCUCAGUUUUUGCACGACUACGACAUGAAAAUGCCUUAUUUCGCGUUUUAAGGAGGACGUAAACAAGCAACGACGAAAUUUUAUUUCUCUUUCUGAGCUUAGAUCAAGGUCAUACGAAAUUCAGCUUCAGGAGGGUUUGCCUACAUUUGACAAAGUAAGCGGGUAGGAAUAAUCGCUAUAAAGACUGAAAGAACGCAAAUUCACAUUUUAAGAGACGUUCUCGUUGUCGUCGUAUCGUUGGAUCUUAAAGUCCUUAGUGGCAGUUGAUAAGGAGGAGCUGCAUAGGCGUAUUAAUGCGCUUGCGCAGUACCCUGAUACUUCCUUUCGUCUGAAGAGUGUUACCUAUAUGAAGUUAGUCGGUAGAUCAAAGCGCUACGGUCCGACUGCUCUACUGGUCCGGAUAACAUUCCAACCAAAUUCAUCAAGCUAGUCCCAGACCAUUUAGCAUCGCCUUUAACGCAUAUCUUAAGAGGGUCUCAAUGGGGUUAACCGAUAGGCGUAAAACGGUCAAAAAUUUAGUCGAUAGCCGUAAAAAUUGAAAAAUUUUAUCCGUUAGCAGUAAAUAGAGUAAAAAAGAGUUAACCGUAAAAGAAACUGUUCCUUAGAUUUGCUACUUUUAAGGAAGGUACUAAACUCACUUAUGGUUGCGUUUUUUAUUUCCCGGCUAGUGUGGCUCCGUACGCACGUUAGGUAAAGCGCCUUUGAGGUGUUGACCAAGACCUUGGCUCCAUUUCCGCCACCCUCUCGGGGAACUAAUUUUUUCCAUAGCGAAAGUGUGGCCUCUUGCUUGGGAUUAAUAUUUGCGAUUUUCAGAAGGUCGUGCCCUCAAAACACUAGUGGAACAACACGAAGAGAUGUCACUGUUUGUAAAACACGUUGCCGAUAAACAACAUUUCCCUGUUUUUCUCUGACGCUACGGUAGACAUUGCCAUGCCUAGUCCCUGUACGGCGUCUUCCCACGCAAUCUCGGUCAAGGCGUUUCGGUGGCAAACUCGCUAGGACCACGUGACCCGAAACACAUUAGCCGCGCGGAAUAAUGAGGCCUACGGACAAGGCAACGGCAGACAGUCGUUCCGUACAGUCCUUCGCUAUUCAAAAACACUGGACACGGGAAUAUUGUUAUUGGCCGUUUUCACGCUAGAGCUAGAGAUGGAUUACCCGUUUGAGACUUGCCUAUGUACAGUCGCGCCCUCCCCACAGACACCCCUUCUCCGAUUUUUUCUGAGUGGAGGGGAGGGGGGCUGUACAAAAGCUGUCUGGAACGGAUAUUCCCGUCUUGAAACUGUCCGUCGAAAUUGACGGGUAAAGCCAGGCGGAUUGUUCAUUCAAAAUUAAAACUAUUCCAGUUUCAAAUAAAGAAGUAUUACCUAUCUGACGCGAAUCAUCAAACGGAUAACCCGUCUUACACGAAUAAUCCGUCCCUAGUGUGAACACGGCCAUUUCUGUUAUAAUGAAUGUUGCGCCCCGGCCUUGAGUUGGAUGUUUGCGUGUCUGCUUUUGCUUUUUCACAAGAUUAUUUUCAAUUUGACUAUUGACAUUUCUAUGUGUAAAAAAAUAUUAGAAGUGAAAUACUUUAUAAAAAGUAUGAUCUAUCAAAUGUUAAAAUUUUUCAAAAGAAUAAAUUGUUUCAUCCCGAGAUGAUCCGAAGACCUUUAUUUCGAUUUAAAGAUAGAAAAAGUACAAGUUAAUUAAUAUUUAACUUUUUGAAACAAAAGAAGUUAAUUUUUAACUUUUUUGUUAACCGUAACUGAAAAAAAUUAACCGAUAGCCGUAAAAGAGCCAAAAUUUUAGCCGAUAACCGUAAAAGCCACCACCCCAUUGAGACCCUUUCCAACUCUUUGGAAGGUUGCACUCAGGAAGGGGGGGCAGGUAACUCUAUUGUUUCCACCUAAGUUUCUUGACCCACUCCGCCUGCCAGUAUGACGUCACAUAGUAACGGGCAAGAGCCUCGCGUCGCUUGUGCAAAUUAGGAAGGGAUAUUUGAUACGACAGUUAUUUGGACGACCGAGGUGUCGAGAAGCUAGCAAGUAUCGCUAUAUAUCGCUUAUUUGAUCGAAUGUGUGUGACCUUUGGUGUUGCUAUAAUCUGCUUGUGUAAAUCGUUUUGACAUUUUGUGCCCGUGAUUGUAUAAUUUUGUUAAUUUGUUUAGCGGGCCGUGUUGCGGGAUCCCCAUCUAUUUCACGCGACCGGCGAGGUCAUCAAAACUUAAAUCUUUUUUUUCUCUAAACUAGGCAAGGUCUAGUCUCCAGAAUAAGAGGUUCCAUUCACAGAUCUCGCAUGUUUGUAUUUCAUCUCUUCUUUUGGUAAUUAAAUGGGCCUAACUUCAUAUCAUUCCUUUCGAGUGUGGGCCUCUGUUGAUCUCCAAAUUCUCCACCAAAUUCAGUAAAGCUAGUUCGAUCGAUGAUCUACAUCGAGUCGGCUCGUUGAACCCGAAAUAAUGCGAAAUAGCUAUGAAAUACACGCUUAAGCUUAUUUUCCUCAAAUGUAUAUUUGAAUUCAUGAUAAAUACAGCUCCAACAGCUUCAAACAGCGUCCAUGGCAGGGAAAAAUUGUUUUGAUAUGACAAAAUUAAUUUUUCAUAUCAUGCUUGUCACUGUGGUACAGUGGUCAAGGAGUUGCUUGCAUGUGCAGAUAAACCGGGUUCGACUCCCGGCGACGCUGUUUUCUGUUUCUUUGUACCGUUUUUUUUUUCCUGUUUGGUCUCUUUUUUAACACUAUUUUUCCUUUUGGCCUUUUUUUCUUUAUUCUCACGGCUGACCCUGCUGGUCAUGCACUUGGAUCAAUGAUAUUUUAAGCUUAAGUCCGGAGUUUUAUUUGGAAAAGGGCUUUCAAAAGCUCUUGAUCUGCAUACUGGCCAAGCUUACGACCAGAUAAUAAUCAUAAGCCCUGUCAAGACAUGUCCCUCCUCUGAAUUGUUUUCAGUGUUAGUUGACAUCAUGACAAACAACACACAGUACACCACAAACUGUACUAAUUUACACCCAACACCCACCAGUGACCCACUGGCGAAAGUUAAACUUGCCUUUUGUACCCAUCGUCUUAAUCAUCAAUAUUAUUAUAAAAUCUUCACUGGGUUUGCCCCCAAAAAAUAGUUAAACGAAACCUUUUAUUGGUUUUCGGGAUUAAAUUACAGAAUUACAACUGUAUGCCCAAUACAGUAUUAAAAUGCGGUAAAGCAACAAGAUUCAAUGUUCACAGUCUCUCACAAAUACCUGUCAUAGCUUCCUCUUUCAACGCUACAUCUGAGCGAACUUUGAGAGGAAUGAUAUGGGGUUCCACUAGCUCUGAAGAGCUGAAAAUACGCACAAUGUAAAGUACAAUACAUCCUUUGAUGAACCUCCUAUUGCUGUGUCUAAACUCCUCAAUCUUGCUGUGCACUGGCCCUCAAAAGUGUGACCGGUCGGAAUGUUUGCCCGUAAAAUUUGCUCGACGAUAGAAAGGAAUCUUUAAAAUUCAUUACUUCACCGGACAUUUCAUUCCAAAAAAGUACUUAAGUCUAGUUUUCUAUGACAAUAGAAACCUUAAAAUCUCCAAAUCCAAGAAAUCGGAACAGUAUUCCCGUGAUUAAAUCGAAAUUUUUUAUCUGUCUCUUCGAUGAACACUUUGCUCGCCAUUUCAAAAAUUAAUGACGCGAGACGUGACGUCAUACUGGCAGGCGGACUGUACCACAGAUUUCCUUGGAGACACCUUCCCCCCCGGAAUAUUUAAUUGUUGUGAAUUGCGUAUCACGCGGCCAGAAACUUGGCCUCUGGUAACUAGCUUGGAUGUGAGGUAAUCUGGGACACAGUACAGCCCGUCAUACAUUUAAACGCAAAAACAGCGUCCCUUAAAUAUAAUUGCUAUCCUACAGGUAACUAGCACAAAUCCCGGAGAACUGGAGAGAUAUGAUCGAAUUUUCUCGCUCCACUAAUUAUCCGGGCGGCAAGGUUCUGUACGUGUUGUAAUUUACGUAUAUUUCUAUCAGAAGUGCUAGACCAGACCGCCGAGCAGUAAAUUAAUUUGCAGAAAACAAGCGCGUGAAUUAAAACCGCUAGAAAGUCUAAAUUAAAAGCGUGUUUUGCGCGGUUUGUCUGGGGUAGCUUAGAAAUACAUGAAGCAGUGAGAGCUGAGAUAUGGCAAUCAAAUGUCAGGGUAGGAUCGAAUAUCACACCUAAGUCAUUAACGGAGUCUGUAGGUAAUCAACAGAGGUGAGGUCACCAUUGCAAUUAUGGCAGACUUUUCUAAAGCUUUUGAUACAGUUGUGUAUGAGACAUUUCUGUGCAAAUUGCAUAAGCUAGGGUUUUCCAAGUCCUCUCUACAUUAGAUUGUGAGUUAUUUGACUGAUCGAACUCAGUACGUCCAAAUCGAUGAUCGCUCGUUGGAACGCUUAAAUGUGUCUUUUGGGGUACCUCAGGGAUUCAUUUUGCGUCCCCUCUUAUUCAACCUUUAUGUCAACGACUUGACUGACGUACUACCAACCAAAGUAAAUUGCCAUCAAUAUGCGAACGAUAUUACGAUUUAUAGUCACUGUAAACCAUCUGAGCUUCUGAGGGUUGUCUGGCGGAGAUGCAGGCUGUUUACCUGGUCAUUCCUAUGUAACAUGGCUCUCCAUCCUAAGAAGACUAAAGUAAUGCUUCUUUCAACUCCCCAGAUGUCACAAACUCAUGGACUAGACGGACCCUGCAUCCAUCUCUGCGCAAAUUGAAAGAGUCUCCAGCGAGUUUUAACUUUCCGUCUACUUGGUACGGAAGUGCACGAAAACGUCAACUGGAAAAGAGAAAUAAACUGCAGAUCUCAAGUUGUUACGGAACUUUGAUAAGAAGCUGAAAUACCUUGCCCCUUAUAAUGUCAGAAAACACUUAGCAGAGUGUCUUAUUUUGUCAAAGAUCGAUUAUAAUGACAUUGUCAGUGAUACUAUAGCAGAUUAUCUUGUUAAGAGACUUCAGCGAGUACAGUUAGCGGCUGCUAAGCUGUCUAGCUGGUCAUCCCGAUAUAACUAUGUGACUAGACGGGCACUCCAUCAAUCUCUGCGCAAAUGGAAAGGGUCUCGAGCGAGUUUCAAAGUUGCGCUUAGCGGCUGCUAGUUUUGUUUUAAGACGCUACGCAGCCAAGCUUGACUUGCUUUAUUAAAUACGUUCAUACACUCCCCAAGUUCCCUCGAAAACCAUACCCGAUUCCAGACCAAAAUGGGCAAAGUUUAUACCCGGUUUCAAACCAAAACGCCCCAAAAACCCAACGGCGUCCAGGAUCGAUCUUGUUAGCAAAUUGUUUUCGCAAUUGUCGCAAAAGAAAUGAUUGAGCAGAAAAUUUUGUGAAAUAAUCACUUACAAAUAUCGCAACAAAAAACAAAUGUAACAAAAUUUAAGACUUAGUAAGAGUCCAAGCCAAGAAGGGCCCCGAAAAGUCCGCAAGUGUCGCAAAAAUCGCGGAAGUAACAAGAAUUUUUCCUGCUAGCUAAAAACACCAAGUAACAUUCUCAUUGUAAGUGUAGAAUUUUGUUAAAUUCGGUAUUCUUGCUUUUUUGCCAUAUUUGUUACUCAAUCUUUUCACUAGCAAGAAAAAUUUUUGUUACUUUUUCGAUUUUUGCGAAAUUUGCUAUUUGUUCUAUACUUUUCUGAUAGCAGUUUUCUUUAAAUCUUUUUUUGCUAAAAUUGCGAAAAGAACCUGUUAGCAAAUUUUUACUAACAAGAUCGAUCCUGGACAUAAAUGCUUUGGGGCGGCACAUAUCUGGCUUAUAUAAGGGAGUACCCCCCCCCGGAUAACUGUAGGCCCAUGUGGGUUAGUUUUGUCUAAUUCUAAAGUGGAUAAGGUGAGUCCGCUGUUUUUUAUUAAAACAAUCAAUAAGG